AUGGCGAGACCAUCGGCUAGAACUACUGCAGCUUCGGGCGCAAGGAGUACAUCCAAGCGUCCGGCACCUGAAAAGGCCACCCCUACUCGCCAAUCGAAGAGAAGUAGGACCACUCCUGCGAAGCACACGUAUGCUGAGCCAGAUUCCAAUGAAGACGAAAAUGACAAGUCUACUUCUUCCGAUGAGGGAAAUGAAGACGAUAGUGGUUCUGACUUCUCGGAUGGCGAUGCCGAGGACCCCACGCCUGAGUCACCAUCUGAGGUCACAGAUAGCGACGAUAAUGUUACAACACCGCAAACAUCUGGCCGGGGACAACGUGCAAAGCAUGCAAAGCAGAUUUCUCUUCCCGUACACAAGAAGAAAUCUAAAGAGAAAGAGCUGUGGGAGCCAGGGUCUAGACUCGAAGUCGGAACACAAGUCAUCAUCAAGAAGCCAAAAGCAAGGGAAGCAGGAGAUACACCAUACACAGAUCAUUCGAUUCAUCCAAACACGAUGCUCUUCCUGCGGGAUAUUGCCGCCAACAACGAUCGACAGUGGCUCAAAUUGCAUGAUCCCGAUUAUCGAAUGGCCCUCCAAGAUUUCAACAGCUUUCUUGAGAAGCUCACCGAUCAAAUCACUUCUAUAGACGAGACUAUUCCAGAGUUACCAGUCAAAGACAUUAUCUUCCGUAUCUAUCGGGAUGUUCGAUUUUCAAAAGAUCAGACUCCAUACAAGACGCAUUUCUCUGCUGCUUGGUCACGAACAGGCCGUAAGGGGCCUUAUGCUGCCUACUAUGUACAGGUGAAACCUGGUGGUGGGAGUUUUGUUGGAGGGGGGCUAUGGCAACCCGAAGCCAAUGCGCUGAGUCUCAUUCGGCGUGACAUCGAUCGAAAGCCUCACAAGAUCAAACGUGUUUUGAAUAACCCGGGGGUUCGAAAGGCAUUCUUCGGCGGUAUCGGGGAUGGCGAGAAGAAAGCUGUGGAGGCAUUUGUCAACCAAAGCUCGAAUAAGGAAACUGCGCUCAAGAACCACCCUAAAGGAUACGAAAAAGACCACAAGGACAUCGAACUCCUUCGUCUCCGAAGUUUCACACUUGGCACCCGAUUGCCUGACCAUGAGAUCGUAGGCGCGAAGGGCCUGGACCGCAUUGUUCAGCUGGUCGGCGAUAUGGUACCCUUUAUCACCUAUCUCAACAGCGUCGUCAUGCCUGACGAGGAGACUGACGAUUCAGACGACUCCAAUGGCGAGGAGGAUGAAGAGGAUGAGGAUGUGGAAGCAGAUGAUUAG